AAUGUCCGCGGUCCCACGACAGUCAACUCGAGACACUUGAGGAUCGUACACUUUGAACUCUCUCUACAGCAUCCCAACCACAUAAUGAGAGCGGUUUUAAUUUGUGCUUUCGCACUCCUAGCUCUGGCCUGUGUACAAACCGGUUUUUCUGAAGUAGUCAACGGGCUUCCCAUAGCCUACAACAAGCAUCGGCCUGAACGAGAAUGGGAUAUUUUUGGGAUUGGGCGAAAGAUUUGCGCGCCCGGGUCGUUGAGGCGGCUGGACUGCAACACCUGUCGCUGCAACGACCGUGGCACUGACUGGGAAUGUACGCUGAAGGGGUGUCCCAAACACUACCCCCAACAUCGGCCUAAACAGGAAUUGGACGUUGUCACGGAAAUGCCAAGGAUUUGCGAGCCCGGAUCGACGAAAGCCAUGGACUGCAACACCUGUUUUUGCACCGCAGAUGGCACUGCAUGGGGUUGUACGCUGAAGGGGUGUCUCGGAGACGAAACCUUGUACCGACCUAAGCGAGAAUUGGACGUUGUCAGGGAAAUGCCAAGGAUUUGCGAGCCCGGAUCGACGAAAGCCAUGGACUGCAACACCUGUUUUUGCACCGCAGAUGGCACUGCAUGGGGCUGUACGCUGAAGGGGUGUCUCGGAGACGAAACUUUGUACCGACCUACGCGAGCCCGCAGAAGCAACGUCUGCAAUGGCAGUAUGAGAACAACCGGCUGCCUGAAGUGUUACUGCGACGAAGAUGCAGCAUUCGAGACCUGCUUCGGCAUAGCAGGUUGUGGAGACACCACUGAAUUCUAGUAGCUGAUAAAAACUAACACCGACAGACGGAAAAUCUAGGAUGUAAGCAUCUGGCAAUUAUAAGUGUACCAUUAUCCUUUACGACAUGCUGUGUCAUGUCGGACAAUUUUCACAGCUCACAAAAGAUGAUAUAAUUGUUUCACCAUUUUCAUAAUACACUAUGUCUCGAUCCGCAUGUUCAACCAUGGCAAAUGCACGAUGAGUAUGAAUUAGUAAAGAGUUACCAAGCCAAUUCCAUUAAUGUUAAAAUAUUAUUAAGUGUGUACGAUUGUUUGUAACAAGAAACGAAUACACCGCAGUUACAGAAAUCUUGGCUCACCUGUUAAAUCCCUUCCACGAAUGAUUUAUGUUAAAAUACUGGUAAAAAUUCACUUCGUUCAUUCUCGAGUUUUGACCAUUAUAUGAGCUGGUGGUUUUUCUCCAAUACACCGUGCGAAUAUUCAAUACUAUUCUUAACCUGGC